CUCUGGCCAGCGCGGUAUACGGUAUACCGAUGGUCACGGCGGCGGCGCAGCUGCUGGAGGAGGCGCGGGCGCCGGAGUUCGCGGCGUGGAUGCUCGGCGUGCGGCGGCGGAUCCACCAGCACCCGGAGCUGGCCUUCCAGGAGCACCGCACCUCGGCGCUCGUGCGCGCCGAGCUCGACGCCAUCGGCGUCCCCUACGCCUGGCCCGUCGCCCGCACCGGCGUCGUCGCCACCAUCGCCGGUGGUGCUGGCCCCGGCCCCGUGUUCGCGCUCCGGGCCGACAUGGACGCGCUGCCCAUCCAGGAGAUGGUGGAGUGGGAGUUCAAGAGCAAGGAGGACGGCAAGAUGCACGCCUGCGGCCACGACGCCCACGUCGCCAUGCUCCUCGGCGCCGCGAGGCUGCUCCAGUCCCGCAAGGAUCAUCUCAAGGGCACGGUGAAGCUCGUCUUCCAGCCGGCGGAGGAGGGCCACGCCGGCGGGUACCACGUGUUGCAAGAAGGCGUCCUGGAUGACGUGGACGCCAUCUUCGCCGUGCACAUUGACACGCACCUGCCGGUGGGCACCGUCGGCUCUAGGCCUGGGCCGUUCCUCGCCGGAUCUGCUCGCUUCAAGGCUAUCAUCACCGGGAAGGGAGGUCACGGAGCCGUGCCCCAUGCCACCAUUGAUCCGGUCGUUGCCGCCUCCUCGGCCGUCCUUAGCCUCCAACAACUCGUUGCUCGCGAGACUGACCCCCUCCAGGGCGCGGUGGUGUCGGUGACCUUUAUCAAAGGAGGUGAGGCUUUCAAUGUCAUCCCCGAAUCCGUGACCUUGGGUGGCACCUUGAGGAGCAUGACAACAGGACUAUCCUAUCUCAUGAGGAGGAUCAAAGAGGUGAUCGAGGGGCAAGCGGUGGUGGGUCGGUGCACGGCGACGGUGGACUUCAUGGAGGAGGAGCUUCGGCCGUAUCCCGCAACCGUGAAUGACUUCGGUGUCUACGCACACGCAAAGGCAGUGGCGGAGGAGAUGCUCGGAGAUACGAACAUGCGGUUGUGUCCUCAGGUGAUGGCGGCGGAGGACUUUGGGUUCUAUGCACAGAAAUUCCCAGCUGCCUUCUUUAGUGUCGGUGUCCGCACCAGCGAGGAGAUCACCCACGUGCAUACGCCACACUUGGUGGUCGAUGAAGAUGCGCUCCCUGUCGGGGCUGCGCUACAUGCUGCCGUGGCCAUUGAGUUCUUGAACAAGCAUGUUACCUCUCCUCUUUCUUGAUUCGUCCUUGUUACAUCUCGUUUUGUA